CAGCUGGGUAGCUACUAACAAUUAUCUAUCCUGAACUACAAACAACCAAAUAUACGCACAACAUACUGAACUCAAUAUACACCACACAACAAUACCAUCUCAUCUCAAGAAAUCAAUAACAAAAGAAGGUUGAAAAAAAGAAAGAUGACAACAGAAAUCAAAGAACUCUCCCUCCCCCUCCCUUACACCCCCCACACGACCGCCCACAUCCACCUCACACGACACCAAACCUGCAGCACGGUUUUCCUGACCUCGUCGACGCCGGGCGAUGCAGCGGGGAGUAUCAAGCCGAUGGGGAGUUUUGUGUAUGCGAUGCCGGACAGAAUGAAUCCCAAAAACGUGCUAUCAACAACCAUCUACUCCUCCCCGGGAAGUGUAGAAUACACAGCCCGGAUUGCGAAGAUUCUCGCAAGGAGAAUGAAAACGCCUGUUUAUGUGGGUGGGAGUAUUGAGCCUGCGACGAUGGGGGUGAUGGCUGAGGAGGAGAUUGAGGGGGUGAAGAGGAUUGUGGAGGUUGUUGUUAGGGGGUGGGAGGGGAUGAAGGUUUGAUUUUUAUCAUUAUCCAGAAUGCUAUUAUGGUGAGUUUGUCGUGCUGUGAGUGGUAGAUGUAGGGGAUGGAUGGAUGGAGGAUUGAUGAUGGAUGGCAUUGGGGGAGUUGGGUGUUUCUCUAUUUCUUCCGUCUGUCUGUUAGUUUCUUGUUCUAGUUCUGAGUGUUCAUUUGAUUAUCAAUAUAUUCAUAAUAUGAUACUCAUGUUAAUAGUAC